AUUUACACGCCAGAUAACUUAUUACUGUAGAGCGUUAGCCAGUCAAGGCCGCCUUUAGACGAAUGCAAGUUGCAAGCGGCCGGGGACAGGCGCUGCGGAGCAGCCAGGUGCGCCGUGUAGCUGCUGGGCAGCUGCGGCCUCGGCGCACUGGCCUCGUGUGCUCGGCCACCGCCGAGGUGUUGCGCUCCGCCGAUGCCCCCGCGGGCAGCGCCGCCCCGGCCAUCAAACUGUUCUACCGCACGGGCUGGGACAAGGCCGUUGCGCACGGCUCGCUCGCGGGCGCCGCGUGGACCGACUUCCCGCUCGUCAAGUCUGCCGGCGCGCCCAACCGCUGGCUGGUCGCUGACAUCCCCGUCGGCGCCGCCCCCAGCUCCAACGGCCAACCGCUGCUGGAGUUCGUGGUGGCGGACGCGGCCAAGCAGCAGUGGGACAAGCCGCAGGCGGGCGGCAACUAUGUGGUGGACAGUCCAGGCGUGUACAGGCUGAGGGGCGGCGCCCUGCAGCGGCUGGCGGCCAGGCCGGUCAUGGUGGUCAGCGAUCUGGACGGAACCAUGGUGGGCGAUGACGCCGCCACCGGGGCAUUCAAGUCCUGGUGGGAGGACGCGGGCGCACUGGCGGGCGGCGUGCUGGUAUACAACACCGGCCGCUCUCUGGGCUCCUUCCUGGAGCUGCUGCGGUCCAAGGCGGGCUGCAUGGCUGUGCCGGACGCCCUCAUCCUGGCCGUGGGCACGUGUGUGUACCUGCGCCACCCCUCGGGCGGCCCGGCGGACGCCGCGGCGGGCUGGCGCGAGGACCGCGACUGGGCGGCGCAGCUGGACGCCAGCUGGAACCUCAAGGUGGCACGGGACGCAUGCUACAAGGCACUGGCUGAGGUUGGCAAGGAUGCUAUGCACUUCCGGCCGGCGGAGGAGCAGAACGACCACAAGGUGACAUGUGGUGUGGCGGACGCAGCCGCGGGCGGCGUGGUGGCGCGUGUGAACUCGGAGCUGGCGGCGGCGGGCGUGUCGGCAAACGUCAUCACUAGCGGGCACGGCGGCUGGAAGUAUAUGGACGUGGUCCCCAUCCGCGCUGGCAAGCUGGAGGCGCUCAACCACGUGCGGCGCCACUUCGGGUUCAGCGUGGCCAGCACUGUGGCGUGCGGCGACAGCGGCAACGACAUCCUCAUGCUCAGCGGUGAGAACCUGGCCAUCGUGGUGGGUAACGCGCAGCCCGAUCUGCGCACCUGGGCUCAGCAGCGGCAGGCGGCGGAGGCGCCCCUGCCCAGCGGCAAGCACCGCCUGCUGCAGGCCACGAAGAAGGAGGCGCUGGGCAUUCUGGAGGGGCUCGAGCACUUUGGCUUCAAGUGAUAACAUAGCUUAUCAAAUGGCAUAUUCAAAUGGCGUAAUCACAAGGCUUAUUCGCGGAAGGUGACAAGGGAAAGGUGACAGCGCAGACGAGAUAUGACAUGGAUAUGACAUGGCAUGAGGGCCUGGGCAGGGGUGACAGGGCAGGGGCAGGCUGACAAGGCAGAUGGCAUAGGGCGGGUUGAGCACUGACUGUGACGUGCAAUGUGGGCGGUUGGAGCACAGGAGGCAUGCGUGGCGGUGUGGAGGACCUUGAGGUGUGGUGGCCGCGCCAAAUGAUGUGUGCAGCAAGGCCGUGGGCGCGUUCAUCGCCUUCACUGAAGCAAUGAUGUUGCGAACAGGGAUUCUGAAAACGCAAGUUAUUACAAGCGAGCGUGCAAGGGCGCAAGGCGGAUGCUGGAGUGUGGUGAUGGUGGUGACGUGCAUACCGAGGUAGUCAACCUGAUUGUGAGGUGGGGCUGGCGGCAAACGGACACGGCACUAGUGCACUUGUCCAGUGCAGUGGAUGGCUGGAGCAGGGAGGGCUUGGACGUACGCAAAGACAUGAUGACGGCUUUCCGAGCUGCCGACUGAGUUGCUAUAUGGUAUGGCGGUUUAACGCGCAGGCGCAUGUGAGGUUGAUGUAAUUGCAACGUGAGCGGUGCGGUUGCGCGGUUGUGUGUGGCAGCUCCGGACAGCACGGCAUGUUGCUGACUGUGUGUGUGGUUACACGGUGGUGGUGCGCCUCAUGGAAACCGGAGGCCCUGGCCGGGGUGACCCAGGUGCCUUUGGUGCCCGGCUGACAACAGGCUGCGGGCUGGCAACCGAUUACCGCCUGCGUGGCACGUUACACGUGUGUGCGUGU